AUGCCUCCCCGACUAAGUUGGCGGCUGCCAAUGCAGCUGCCUUCACUAUUCCACGCCGUCUAUCCGCCCUCGUUGUCAGCCCCAAUCCUCCAGCACCAGACUAGACAUGCCUCCAUCCUAGGCUCGUUGUCUGAUAACGCUACGGCGUACAACAAACGCAUAAGACGUGGUCGAGGUCCCUCAUCAGGAAAGGGUAAGACCUCCGGGCGCGGUCACAAGGGUCAGAAGCAGCACGGAAAGGUCCCUGCGGGGUUCAAUGGUGGACAGACGAAGGAUGAGAUAGUCCACGGCGAACGUGGAUUCGAUAACAUGUUCUCCCUCGAUAUAUCCAAAGUCAACGUCGAUCGAAUCCAAGAAUGGAUCGACCAAGGGCGGCUCGACCCCUCCCGGCCCAUCACCGUCCGCGAACUAGCAAAAUCUCGUUGUAUCCACGGUGUCAAGGAUGGCGUCAAACUUCUGGGCCGUGGCGGCAAAGACGCACUCAAGCAACCUAUUCAAAUCGUCGUAUCCCGCGCUUCCGCCACCGCGAUUGAAGCCGUUGAAGCUGCUGGCGGAUCCAUCACAACUAGAUACUAUACUCGCCAUGCCAUCAAGCGGAUCAUGUCCGGCAAGACGGAUCCGUUCGUCUCGCUUGCCUGGCUCAAUGCAGGCGAGAACCUGACUAUUGGAAUGGGUGUUGAUAAGCCCCGUAUCAAAGGGAAUGGGUUUACAUAUCGCCUGCCGGACCCGACGAACCGGAAGGAUAUUGAAUAUUACCGUGAUCCUGCGCAUAGAGGGUAUUUGAGCUAUCUUGUCGAGAAGGGUGAAACGCCUAGCUUGUUUUUUAGGGCGCCCGGUAAGACACAUAGGAAGGGUAAGGAAGUUGUGCCUUCGAGUGACAAUAGGCUGUGGUAG